UGUACUUAGCUGUGCGCAUUGGAAUCUAAUCGUCUGUACAUCGCAAAUUACAUGUCAAGCACUCGAUCCCUGCAGUCCUGACUUGAGCUCUCCCCCUUCACUCCUUCUUCGAUCCCUCUCUCUCUCAGGGUUUUCCACGAUGACAGAACCCUCUAAAGUCAUUCACGUCCGAAAUGUGGGGCAUGAAAUUUCUGAAAAUGAUUUGCUCCAGCUAUUUCAGCCAUUUGGAGUCAUAACUAAGCUUGUGAUGCUUCGUGCAAAAAAUCAGGCUCUUAUCCAAAUGCAAGAUACUCCUGCUGCAGUAAGUGCACUGCAAUUCUAUGGAAAUGUUCAACCUGCCAUAAGGGGAAGGAAUGUCUAUGUCCAGUUCUCAUCACAUCAAGAAUUGACAACAAUGUAUCAGAAUGCUCAAGGACGAGGAGAUGAGCCAAACCGAAUUCUCUUAGUUACAAUUCAUCACAUGCUAUAUCCUAUAACAGUGGAAGUUCUGCAUCAAGUGUUUUUUCCUCAUGGAUUUGUAGAGAAGAUCGUCACUUUUCAGAAGUCAGCUGGUUUUCAGGCCCUAAUCCAGUAUCAGUCACGCCAGAGUGCCGUUGCAGCUAGAACUGCGCUGCAGGGACGCAAUAUUUAUGAUGGUUGCUGUCAACUGGACAUUCAGUUCUCAAACCUUGACGAGUUACAAGUGAACUACAAUAAUGAGCGUUCAAGAGAUUUCACAAACCCCAAUUUGCCUUCAGAACAGAAAGGAAGAUCCCCGCAGCCUGGGUAUGGAGAUGCAGGAGGCGUGUAUGGCCUUCAAGGUACUGGAGCCAGGGCAGUUGGAUUUCCACAGAUGGCUAAUGCGGCUGCAAUUGCGGCCGCCUUUGGUGGAGGUUUACCUCCUGGUAUAAGUGGGACAAAUGACAGGUGUACAGUCCUUGUCUCAAAUCUCAAUCCUGAUAAAAUAGACGAGGAUAAGCUUUUUAACUUGUUUUCCAUAUAUGGAAACAUUGUGAGAAUUAAACUUCUUCGAAACAAACCAGACCAUGCACUUGUCCAGAUGGGUGAUGGCUUCCAGUCCGAACUGGCCGUACACUUUCUAAAGGGUGCAAUCCUGUUUGGGAAGCGAUUGGAGGUCAACUUCUCAAAGCAUCCGAAUAUAACCCAAGGUGCCGACACACAUGAAUACAUGAACUCAAAUCUCAACCGCUUCAAUCGUAAUGCAGCAAAGAACUACCGCUAUUGCUGUUCGCCAACAAAGAUGAUCCACUUGUCUUCUCUUCCCCAGGAAGUCACUGAAGAGGAGAUUGUGAACCACCUAGAGGAAAUUGGUACCAUUGUAAACACGAAGCUCUUUGAGAUGAACGGAAAGAAGCAAGCGUUGGUUCUGUUUGAAACUGAGGAGCAGGCCACUGAAGCUCUUGUGUGCAAGCAUGCUACCUCGCUCGGUGGGUCAAUAAUCCGAAUCUCCUUUUCACAGCUACAGGGAAUAUGAUAAUGUUAUUGUUCAGAAAUAACAGGGACGAGGACUCUAGAGCAUAACAGGGUUAAGGCCUCAUAAUUGGAAAAAUAUUUGUGGAGCUGACGGUGUGUUCUUUGCUGUCUCUUUUCUUUGUAAUGGUGUUUUGGAUUGCAAUUCUGUUGGUGGGAUCUGUUCGUUGAGCAUUUAUGGUCUUAUUAUCUCCAGUGCUUGUAUCAAAUCAUUUAUUAGGUUCCUUACAUAUUGGAGUUAGGUCUCAUUGCGUAGAGAUGCCAAGUUUUGAAGCAUAGGAAGAGGGAAAGUUUUACUUUUUUAUUUUUCUUUUUCAGAAGAGGGAUCUCUAUGUGUAUAUCGCUUGUAAUUCGGGUUAAUCGGGUCAUAUCUGUUGUAUUCUCAAUCCAUAGCCAUUUAUGUUCCACUCAAUUUGUUGA